AUGGACAGCGGUUGUACCCAACACAUGACGAACCAGAAGGAGUGGCUGAGAAAUUUCAGAGCAUCACCGAUACCGUAUGUGCUGUUGGGAGACGAGGGGAAACUUCCUAUGAAAGGGGAAGGAGACCUAGUGCUGCAAAGUGCUUAUGGUGAGGUGAAGCUGGACAACGUGCUGCUAGUGGACAAGCUCACGCUCAACCUCAUUAGCCAAUCGCAGGUGGAUAGUGGUGGAUGCAAAACUUUCAGCGACAAGGGGAGCAUAUGGGUCUUUGGAGCGGAUUGGAAGGUAAUAGCGGAGGGAUCACGCAAGCAAGGGCUGUACGAGAUGAAGCUGCACGAGAAACAGAGUGGGGACAAGGUCACGUACCUGGCUGAACCGGAAGCGGGUAAGGUGGCACGAGAUGAGCUCCGCACCAAGUUCGAAAGGGUGCCGAUCAAGGAGUUGCAGCAGCAGGCGCUUCCUAUGGCAGCAGCAGUGAGCACGGUGGACGUCAACCUGCUGCAUAGGAGGAUGGGCACGCUGACCGGAAAAGUCACGACGACCAGAGAUGUUACCUUCUACGAGCAAGACACCUACUUGGAGUGGAAGGGACGGAAACAAGGAGCUGUUGCAAAGGAAGCGACAGCAGCACCAACUCCACUGGAGGAGAUGAUAGAUGGGAGUGAGAAGGAGGGGAUAGGGGCAGCCAAUGGAAGCGGUGACAAUGACGACUACGAAGACCACACUACACCGGGCUUCGAAUGGGUAUGGGAGGUGCAGGAGUUGUCCUCACCUUCAACUGCUGUGGAAGAGGGUGAAGAAGAAUAUGAUAAGGGAGAAGAAGCGGGUGACAACGCAACAAAUGAAGCCGGUGAGGAAGAAGCUUAA